AUGUCAUCCACCUCUUCGCCGCCACCAGAUCCCUCUGUACCAAUACCACGCGACAGUGACACAGCUCCACCACAACCCUCAGACCAGCAAGAUGAACGCAGACCUCGCCGUCCCCGUCGGCGCGAAGACUUCCCUGAAUCUCAAGCUUCUAAGAUGUGGAGAGCAUUCGAGAAUCCAGAAGGUGGCCCUGUGAACGAGCUACCAGGUGGGAAGUUCAACAGUGCAGGCGGUAAACCACGCGAAGCGUCGUGGCGUGAUGCUUUCAGAUUCGAUCAGUUCUUCCGGAGUGAUAGGCCGGCGUUUUACAAGACCGGUUUACUGGUCGGUAUAGGAACUGGUGGCGCAGUGGGCGGUAUAAACUUCAUUCUAAGAGGGUUGAGGGGAAUGAUGACAACAGGGCAUUAUGCGGUCGGUGUGUUCACAUUGACCGCUGGUGGAAUGUACGCGUGGUGUACGAGUCGGCAGAGAGAGGAAGCCAAGGGCAUUGCCAUGGCGGUGGCAGGCAUGAGGAUGUUGCACGAGAAGAAGGCGAAAGAGGAGGCCGAAAAGAAGAGAUUGUUGGAAGAGGAAAGGUUACGCAAGUUGCAAGAGGAGGAAGAACAGCGGCGGAACAAAAGGUGGUACAAGUGGUGGUAA